GCACGAACAAGCAAGCUCUUCAAUCUUGUUUAUCCCUUCUAGUAUUUUCUCAGAUCUUAGUCAUCCUUAACAUUUUCAAAUUCCUCGUGUAGUACUGAAUAGAACUAUGCAGCCCAAAUAUUUGCUCGUCGCUAUUAUUAGCACAGUUUCUGCGCUGCCUUCUGAAAAUCUUCACAUUUGGCAACCUCCCAACCCAACAGAUCGCCGAAGCCCUUGUCCCAUGUUAAAUACGCUGGCAAACCACGGGUUCCUCCCACGUAAUGGUGUCAAUGUUUCUCUGGAUGAUCUAAUCACCGGGCUCAGCGAAUCUAUCAACCUCGCAGCAGCUGCCACAGAAACUCCUGGAGAAAUCGCCCUGACAACCUCCACGACUGGCAAUGCAUCGACUUUCAACCUCGAUGAUUUGGAUAAGCACCACAUCCUUGAGCAUGACGCUAGUCUAAGCCGCAAUGAUUUCUACUUCGGCGACGACCACACCUUUAACAGGACGAUCUGGGGCCAAACCCUCACCCACUUUCCCAACCGCACCAUCUCCUUUGCUAACGCUGCGGCUGCACGGUCAGCCAGAAUUGCUGCAGCUGCAGCUGUGAACCCGCAGUUCAACAUGACAGCUACGGAACACACAAACAGCUAUUUCGAGUCUGCGCUAUAUAUGGGGGUUUUUGGGAAUCUCACGACCGGAAAUGCGGUCACGAAGUUUGUCGAGAUCCUUUUUACGCAAGAGAGACUUCCAUAUAUAGAAGGCUGGAGGAAAUCUGCCCAGGAAAUUACAUUUGAUAACCUCUUGUACUUGGUCGGCCAAUUGACUGCUGCGACGUAAGAUUUGCCUAAUCUGGAUAGAAGGAAGGGGCGCUAUAAUAUCAGAAGAGGAAUGCGGAUGGGAUGCGAAGAUACAAUCGGUGUGUGUGUCUGUCGGCGUGUUUGAGCUAUUAGGACAUGGCUUAGUUUUAAUGGCUUGAAUGCGUAUUCACGUGAUCCGCAGCCAAGUCCUUUCCGCGCUACUUUGAAC